UAUGUUUUCUCAUCUGUUGUCUGAUGUCUGUCAUGAUGUGGAAACGGAGCCCACGUUGCAAUCACUAAGUGGAGAGACGUUCUCUUUACGUUCAAGCAGUCGAGAUGAUGAUGCAAGAUUAGACAUUUCGGCAAGAGGUUUUUGGGGAGGAAGAUUUGAGAAGACAUAUUUUGAUGUCCGGGUGUUUAACCCCAAUGCCACCUCGUACACAUGUUUUGAAGUUGCAUCAUGCUAUAGAAGACAGGAACAAGAGAAGAAAAGGAAAUAUGAAGAAAGACUGAGAAAAGUAGAAAAUGCUUCCUUUACACCUAUUAUCCUUUCUUGCACUGGUGGCAUGAGCAAGCUUACAACGUCAUUUACCAAAAAGCUGGCCUCAAUGAUAUCUGAGAAAAAGGACACUCCAUACGGUAGCGUGAUCAACUGGCUAAGAUGUCGACUCGGGUUCGCACUCCUAAGAGCUUCCAUAAUGUGCAUCAGGGGCAGCAGGUGCAAACGCUACGUCAGGCCGGAAAACAAUAUUCUCCUGGCUACGUCUGAGGGGCACCUGGCCUCCUCAGCUUAGUGACUUUACUGUACAUGACAUAGUAGUAGUAAAAGUUGUACUAUUGUAUAUGACAGUAAUUGUUUAGUAGUAGUAAUAGUUUAUUGCCAUUCGCUGUAGGUUGCCGUUUGUGUAUACGUAGUCUGCUAUUGUUUCAAAUACACCAUAUCUUCUCAGUAGUAGUAGUAGUAGUAAUAGUAGUAGUAGUAGUAUAUUACUCAGCAAAAGCAUCCACCGGUCAUGCCCAUACUACAAAAGCCACUACAACGGCACUCAACACAACACUAUAUCAAUCCAUUCAAUUAAACAAACCCACUUAAGUCAACGUCACAAUCUACUUAGUGAGGCAAGCCUCACUGUUGAUUAAAUCCAUGUCAUGACA